AUGCAACAGGAUCCAUGGCACGGUAGGGUACCGACCCCUCAACCGCCCUCACAAGGAGGUUCAGGUUCAGGGGAAGAUGGCGGUUAUUCGACUGUAUUAUUAAUCUUCAUACCUGUUAUGGUAGUCGUCUUGACCGUCCUAUUGGGUUUAGUGGUUUUCUUAGUCGCUGUACUGUAUAUGAGAAGGCGAAAAGGUAUAAGACUGACAGAAGACGGUGGACCUCUUGAUCUAUCCAAAUCAGAUGGUGUCAUUGGUGAAGGAGGUGUCGAAGGGGUCGAAUCUAGAUGGUUGGAAACUCUUGAUCCAGAUGUCAAAGAAGCUUACAAGCGAGCCAAAGAUUGGCAAUUGCAAUAUCCUCCCGCCUCGGUACCCACCGAUAUUACACUCUCUCAAUUCCUGUCGAUUCAAGAGAAAGGUGUAUCGGCAUGGUCAUUCGAACCAGAUUACGAAGAUAAUUUAUCAUUAUACGUACAAUCACGUACUGAGAUUACAUUUUUGGCAGAUGGACCUGGAAUGCCAGCAAGAGAAGGAGGCGGAAAUUCCGUCAUGGCGAAUUUACCUUUACCCAAAUUGAACGAAGUGUAUUACUGGGAAGUCAAAAUGUAUGAUAAACCGGCAACUACAGAAAUCGCCAUUGGAUUAGCGACUAAACCAUAUCCAUCAUUUAGAUUACCUGGAUGGAAUAAAUAUUCAGUGGCAUAUUUCGCCAGUGAUGGAUUUAAAUCCCAUAAUUAUCCAUUCACAUCGUCUUCUUAUGGACCUUCUUUAAAUGAAGGUGACGUUCUAGGUGUAGGAUAUAAACCAAGGACUGGAACUGUGUUUUUCACCAGGAACGGAAGGAAAAUGGAUGAUGCUUAUACCGGAUUACAAAGAUUAAAUCUUUUCCCUACGAUAGGCGCGAAUGGUCCUUGUACCAUUCACGUAAAUCUAGGUCAAGCUGGAUUCGUUUUCAUUGAAGCAAACGUUAAGAAAUGGGGUUUGGCUCCUAUGGUGGGAACCCUAGCUCCACCACCUGCAUAUGGAAGUGAAAGAGGUUCUAUAUUAUUAGACGCUGGAUAUGGUACUCCACACGCCCCAAGUCAACAUCAGGCUAAUCUAGGUGGUGUGAAUGCUUUACUGGAAGCUGCAAGAUCAAGAUCAACUCACGGUCGUGUACAAGGUCAAGGUCAAGGUCAAUUAGGUACUUCUGCUGGGUCAUCACAUUCUUCAAUAGUGUCAAAUGCCUCAUCUUCAAGAAGACCAAAGACACCUAGAAAUUCAACGAGAACAGGAAACAACAAUUCUGGUGCCAUGGCAGUAGGUUCAUUACCUAUUAAUCCAAGUCCAUUGAGAGCAAGUGAAGCUGGACCUGGACCAUCAUCCUCACGCAGGAGAGCGUUUGGGCCCGCCAAUGGUGGAUCAUCAAUAUCUCCUACACCACAAAUGAAUUCGCUACAUUCCGAAGAACUGAUCACGACAGAUGAAGAAGAGUUGGAAGAGGAAGAAGAAGAAGAUGGGGAAGGAGACGAUGAUGAUCACCGUCGAUCGAAUCUAAGAGAAUCGUCACCGAUCGAACAUAAUCCACCCACACCGAAUUUACUCGAUAUAUCAAUGCAUUCCCUGAGGAAUAACGGUUAUUUCGGUAAUAGAGUGUAUAGUCCGAAUCAUGAUCAUGAAGAUGAACUCGAAGGUGAAGGAAGUGGAAGUGGAAGUGGAUCAGGUGAAAGUGACGCUACUGCAAGACCUGGUAGAUUAACUUUUGGUAGAUCAAACUCUAGACCACAAAAUCAGAACCAAAAUCAGAACCAAAACCAAAACCAAAACCAAGAUACUAGUCCACCUCCACCUGGAUAUGCUCCUCUAGAUCCCCAUGUUUAUGCUGCAGGUUUACCGGCGGAUUUACCUGAAGAAAUGGUCAAUCAAGCAAUAGCAGCUAUGAGCGGUGACUCAACCAUCACUCCCGCACAAAUCCAAGCUGCAGCUCAAGCAGUAACGGCUCAAGCUCAAGCCAAUGCCCAAGCCAACUCUGGUUUAAAUGCGAAUCGAGGAAUUUUAUCUUGGUUCAGAGAAAGGAUAUGA